CUGCUCAAAACAGAUUACGUUACACCCGGAAGUUGUGGUUUCAUCAGUCAGGUAAAUUUAGCUCUUUUUUUUGCCCAGCAUAUGAUUCAAAUGAGAAUUUAUAACAGACUACACACCACGACGUCUGAAGGAUUUGGUGGACGAAUACCAACGAUGAAGGGAUUGCUUCAAGUCGUUUUGCUUUUCCUCUCUGUAGCUCACAUCAGAAGUUGGAAUGACGGUCAGUGUUUACUUCCGCAUAAUAGCUAGUCACUUUCUAGAAUCUAGUUCUCUUUCUUGGUAAACGUUUAGGCUACAGCAUUAUAGCUCAAAUAUCAUUGUACCAAUUUAAGAAAUGGCCAGCUAGGCAGGUGGAUAUUAGUGUUCAUGAUGAAGAAUUUGCUUUUGUGCCGUAAAGAUCGAAGAUCCACAAUACAUACAAGGGAGGCUUAGGCAACAUUAUAUUAUAAACACAUUCUACACAUAAUGACUAGGUUGUUGAGGAUUGCCAAUUUGCCAUACGUUUUACAUCUGUAGCCUAUUUGCUCAGCCUUAUAAUGCCUGGAAUGGAGAAUAAUUAUUUCUCUCUAUACAGCUCCAGGUAGUGUUUUGCUCCGAGACGUGCAGGUACUCACCCUGUAUAAGGGGAAGUACACCACUGCCAGACGCAGUAGCCCUGUACCUCAGCUGCAGUGUGUUAGAGGCUCAGCCGGCUGUGGAUCCUUCAUUCCUGAAGUGGUUCAAUGCACAAACAAAGGCUGGGACGGAGUCGACGCACAGGUAAGACUGAACACUUGCAGAUGGAGGAAAAGGGUGUAGCGCUACAUUUAGCCUGCUCCCAGAUCUAGCACAAUGACCGUUGGCAGUUGGCAAGAUGGCACAAACAGAUCUGGGACCAGGCGAGCCUACAUUUACAAGGUAAAUGAAAAGAGUGCCAGAUUUUACAGAUCCUUGUUUCACUUUCAGUGGGAGUGCAAAACAGACAUGGACAACGCCUACAAAUUUGGACGGAUAGAGGUCAGCUGUGAGGGAUUCAACCAUCCAGAUGACGCCUACAUACUGAAGGGCUCGUGUGGACUGGAGUACUCACUGGAGCUGACUGAGGAAGGCCAUAGGAGGCACAAGGGGGGCUCACACGGCUCAACAGGUGGGUCAUUAGUACACACCACUGUGAAAUGUUUCAAAACGUUAUGGAACGGAAAACAAUAACGAGUGUCUUAUUGGACAAGUUCCCUCCCUGUUUCAGUACGUUUUCUUCCGUUUGAUACCAAUGAACAAAACCAUGAUUUCCCAGGUGGCUUCAGUGACUUCGCUUCCAGCUUCUUCAAGGGUUCCUCAGACAAUAACAACCAGCAUCACCAUAGCAACAACAGACAACAGAGUUCUACAGGGGAGGGAGAUUCCAGCGGGUUGUUGGUAGUCGCUCUGCUCUUGUUUCUGGCCUAUGGUGUGUACAAGCUUUUCCUGAGUGGACCGACGAAUCUAGGACAAAACGAGCAGUUCCCUGAUAACGGCUCCAAUACCCACAAUCCCAAUGGGCCACCACCUCCUGGAUUCAAGCCAGACUUCACAGGUGGGCUAAAGUCUAAACACCUACCCCGUCUGCUUACACACCCUUGCUUAUAUUUAGGGUUCAGGUACAGUGCCUUCGGAUAGUAUUCACACCCCUUUAAUCUUUCCACAUUUUGUUACGUUACAGCCUUAUUCUAAAAUGUAUUACAUUGUUUUUUUCCCCUCAUCAAUCUACACACAAUACCCCAUAAUGACAAAGCAAAAACAGGUUUAUACAUUUUUGCUAAUUUAUAAAUUAACUGAAAUAUCACAUUAGGCAACAUUACUCAGUCAGGUUGGAUGGGGAGCGUCGCAGCACAGCUAUUUUCAGGUCUCUCCAGAGAUGUUCGAUCAGGUUCAAGUGCAGGCUCUGGCUGACCCACUCAAGGACAUUCAGAGAUUUGUCCCGAAACCACUCCUGCGUUAUCUUGGCUGUGUGCUUAGGGUCGUUGUCCUGUUGGAAGGCGAACCUUCGCCCCAGUCUGAGGUCCUGAGCGCUCUGGAGCAGGUUUUCAUCAAGGAUCUCUCUGUACUUUGCGCCGUUCAUCUUUGCCUCGAUCCUGACUAGUCUCCCAGUCUCUGCCACUGAAAAACAUCCCCACAGCAUGAUGUUGCCUCCCACAAUGCUUCACCGUACGUAGGGAUGGUGCCAGGUUUCCUCCAGACGUGAAGCUUGGCAUUCAGGCCAAAUAGUUAAAUCUUGGUUACAUCAGACCAGAGAAUCUUGUUUCUCAUGGUCUGAGAGUCUUUAGGUGCCUUUUGGCAAACUCCAAGCGAGCUGUCAUUUGCCUUUUACUGAGGAGUGGCUUCAGCCUGGUCACUCUACCAUAAAGGCCUGAUUGGUGGAGUGCUGCAGAGAUGGUUGUCCUUCUGGAAUGCUCUCCCAUCUCCACAGAGGAACUCUAGAGCUCUGUCAGAGUGACCAUCGGGUUCUUGGUCACCUCCCAGACCAAGGCCCUUGUACCCGGAUUGCUCAGUUUGGCCGGGCGGCCAGCUCUAGGAAGAGUCUUGGUGGUUCCAAACUUCUUCCAUUUAAGAAUGAUGGAGGCCACUGUGUUCUUGGGGAUCUUCAAUGCUACAGAAAUGUUUUGGUACCCUUUCCCAGAUCUGUGCCGUCACACAUUCCUGUCUUGGAGCUCUACGGACAAUUCCUUCGACCUCAUAGCUUGGCUUUUGCUCUGACAUGCACUGUCAACUGUGGGAUCUUAAAUAGACAGGUGUGUGCCUUUCCAAAUCAUGUCCAAUCAAUUGAAUUUACCACAGGUGGACUCCAGUCAAGUUGUAGAAACAUCUGAAGGAUGAUCAAUGGAAACAGGAUGCACCUGAGCUCAGUUGAGUCUCAUAGCAAAGGGUCUGAAUACUUAUGUAAAUAAGGUAUUUCUGUUUUUUAGGAUUAAUACAUUUCAAAAAAAUUAUAAACUGUUUUAGUUUUGUCAUUAUGGGGUGUUGUGUGUAGAUUGCUGAUAAAACAAUAAUAUUUAAUCAAUUUUAGAAAAAGGCAGUAACGUAACAAAAUGUGGAAAAAGUCAAGGGGUCUGAAUAAUUUCAGACGACACUGUAUGUAGCCUGGUCCUAGAUCGGUUUGUGCUGUAUUGCCAAUUGGCAUGACCAUAAGAGUUGGCAAGACGGCACAAACUGAUCUGGGACCAGGCUGUCACUGAUUGUAAAUGGUAUCUUUCUCUAUCCUAGGUUCCUCUUCAGGUUACCCAGGUGCUUCCGGGUUCCCAGGUGCUUCUGGGUUCCCUGGUUCUGCUGGAGGAUAUGCUGGUUCUGCUGGCUACGGUGCCAACCCUGGGUACGGGUUCCGCAGUGACUACAGCGGACAGCAGCAGCAGCAGCACUUUGCAGGAGCAGGGGCCCGUGCUGCUGGAGGAACAGGGAAUGGAUUCUGGACUGGGAUGGGGACUGGAGGAGUCCUCGGUUAUCUGUUUGGGAGCCAAAGGUCAGUGGUGUAAUCCAGUGUUUCCCAACUCCUUCAGUACCCCCAACAGCCCCGGACAGACUCAACUCAUUGAGGGCUUGACAGGUUGAAUCAGGUGUGCUUGUCCGGGGCUACAAAGAUGUGUACUGUUGAGGGCACUCGAGGAGUUGGGAAACACUGGUGUAAUCUAUGGCAGUGUAUUUCAUUGGGCUGUGUGUGCAUACCUUUGGUUUACGGUGUCUUGAUGAUCCGUCUUGGGGAAGGAUCUGUCAUACAGGGAUGGGCAUGUAGUGUGGACAUGCAGGUUGGUGGGCUUAGAGAAGGGGUAGGACAUGACAAUCACUAGACAUUUUUUAAAAUUCAGAUUUACAGCUAAAGUUGUUGGUCAUGUUUUUUCCUCUCCCUGUUUAUUGUAGACGCCAGACGCCGUACACAAACACCCACUCAAACUACUCUGCGCCCAGGACACCACCGACCCCAGCCCCUAGCACCGGAACACGCGCUGCUUCAGGUACUGCUGCCCAACUACUAUAACUAAUGUAGCCAGAGCAUCUGUAUGUACUGGUGUGUAGUUUAUAAAUUGUCAAAUCAAUGUAAUAAAAUCAGUAGAAUUAUCUUGCUAAAUUGUGUAUUACUGUAAAAUCAUAGACGUCUAAAUUAAAAUGUAUAUGUGUGGAUACAGUACAACAUGUUUGUAUAAAUCAAUCAUUAAGUUAUUCUCAGUUCAACACGGAGUUACUCUGUCCCACGGCCUGCUGCUACAGGUACUGUAUGGAAUGGGUGAGUUUUUCUUAGGAUGGCUUUUUGAUUCCUUUUUGUCAGGCUUUGGAGGGACCAAGAGAAGAUAGAUGGGCAGGAGGCCAUUGGCAGCUUUCCAUGAUGUCAGAAGAACAGCAAGUGAUGUCAUCAGGGAUCUGGGACAAGCAUAGGUGACGGUCUGUACUUAAAUUGGUGUGGUUGAUGUGGAAUUGUGAAUAUCACACUGAUUGAUAUGUCAAGAAAGAUUGGAAUGACUCAAGAACUCUUAAAUGUUCAGUCUGCGGGAUAGGACUGUAUAAUUGUUUUAGAAAAUAAUACCACUAACAGUUGAUACCUUACCUGUAUGGUCCUUAAAACCAUAGGAACAUUUGCAGUUUAACUUGUUUUAUUUUGCGUUUGAAUUUAAUGCAAAUUAUAUUUCCUUUUUUUUAAUCUGUGAAUUUCUAAAAUUCCUUCAGAAGGAAUUAUGUAUAUGCAUUUUUUCUGGUUCAUUCAUCAGAUUGCUGUGAAUGUGUUCUUCAGUGGCUGUGUAAUACCAGUACAGUCACAUUU